UGGGGUAGGUGGAGAUAAAAUAACUAUGGUAAUCGAACUAGAAUGAUUUGAUUACGAUUAAACAUGAUAACAAUCAAUCAUUUAUGAUGAAUCAUAUUCUAACACUAUUACAGGGGGCACAAAAAGAAUCUCUCAUGUAUGCCCACAAUCUCUCAUGUAUUCCUCAUAUCUUAUAAGUAAGAAGACAAUGCCAUAAAAGAAAAUCGAAGGCCGUUAGGCUUUCAUAUCUCAAUUGUAUUUCAGUAUCUGAAUUCAUCUGCCGCAAACACCAACAACAUCACAGAAAUGUCAAGACGAAAGUUCUUGUGUAAACCAUCUAGCUUGUUUUCCUUCCGAGACAAGCAAAGCUCUGGCUUAAACCCUGCUUUCCAGCCAAAUGAGAGUGAGAUGAAGCAAGCAUUUAACAUGAUUGAUGCCGACAAGGAUGGGAAGAUUUCUCAAGAGGACUACAAGAACAUGCUAAAAGUAUUGGGAAAGGAUGAUUUGAUUGAAGGAGUACCAAUGAUUUUCCGAAAGGUUGAUCUGAACAGAGACGGGUUUAUUGAUUUCAAAGACUUCAUGGAAUGGCACAAGAAGGGAGGUUGGGUUAAAUCGAUGGACUUAUAUGUUGCUUUUCGAACAUUUGAUUUGAACGGCGACGGGAAAAUAUGCGCGGAAGACGUUCAGAAAGUGUUGAAGGGGUUGGGAGAGGAAUGCAGUCUGGAAGAUUGCCAGAGAAUGGUGAGAGCAGUGGACACUGAUGGGGAUGGUGAGGUUAGAGUGUAUGACUUCAAGACCAUGAUGACUCGCAGCAUGUAGCGUGAUUAGAGAGCCUAUCUGUAUGGGUAUCUUUUGGUUACACUCCUUGUAAGAUAUAUAUAUAUAUAUAUAUAUAUAUAUAUAUAUAUGCCAAUCAAUGUGAAUCUAUUUUCACUUCUGUAAACCUGGUUUAACUCUAAUGGAAAUUAGUGCAUAUAGAUUAUGGCUUUGUUUA